UAGCUCUUUGAUUGAUCCGAACAUCAGGCUACCUCCAACCAUUCGCAUCUCCUGACGAACAUUUCUAACAGUUACCGUCAUGCAUAGUCGUUGCAUACAUCAAUGGUAUUGAGAGGGGAGGAAAUAGAAAAGUGGACUGAAACUGACUGUUAUAUUCCAGGAUUAACUGAGCUCUGACAAGAUAGCUUCACUGACCCAUUUUUACUAGUACAUACAUAUUAUCUGACGAAGGGAGUGCAGUAGAAGUGCAAUGGCCUAAUGUCCUUCACCAUAUAAAAAAAAACAAAGUUCAAAUCUUUCAUAUUUAUUUACUCUUGGAGUAGCACAGCAUAGGGGUACAAGGGAAGUGCUUAUAAUAAUGGUAACAAGAUACUCAUCCUCUCAUACCUGCCGUCUCACUGACAGGAAACGGUAGGUGGCAAGUUGGUAAGCUUUUCGGUUUUAGCCAUGUCCGAUCCCAUGUGUGGAUCCUGUACUGUACAUCGACAUGCGACAUCUUGCUUGGCCUAUCUGAUCUUUAAUGUCGCCGCGCACAGAGAGGAGAUCCGGUCUCAUGAAGUGGCUCUGCAGAUUCCUCAAGGGGCCGAAGCCCGGCGAACCGAGCCGCCGGCGGCCCCAGGUGGCGGCCGGAGAAGGGGAGGGCGCGCUUUGGCACCAACGACCAGCUAGACCAAAGAUCGAUCCACCUAGGAACGAGAAUGAGGAACUAGUGGACCGUGCCAUUGCCGAGCCUCUUGCAGAGGCUGUCAAACCGCCCAGAGAGAAAACCCAUAGGGGAGAAGACAGCAACGACGACGAAGAUCUCACAAGAGCCGUACAGGACAGUCUGAAUAUGAACCCUUACACGCCUUACAACCCCUAUCCACCCUCUCAAGCCCAACCUAUAGGGCACAGGGUAUGCGGAGGCUGCAAGCAUGAGAUAGGGCGUGGCCAUUACUUGAGCUGCAUGGGCAUUUACUGGCACCCUCAGUGCUUCCGCUGCAGGUCCUGCGGUCACCUUAUCCGUGAGACCGAGUUCACCUUGCUGGGUACGGAUUCGUACCACAAGCUGUGCUACAAGGAGCUGCAUCAUCCAAAGUGCGACGUCUGCCUUCAGUUUGUAAGGCCUCGUGUCCUCGGAAAACCUGAGCGAUCUGCACUGCAGACUGUGAUAAACUGCAUCCCAACGAACGGGAGUGGCUUGAUAGAGUACAGAGCCCACCCGUUCUGGGGCCAGAAGUAUUGCCCUUCGCAUGAGCGCGACAGGACGCCACGUUGCUGCAGCUGUGAGAAAAUGGAGGUACAGCCAAGGAACACGAAGUACAUGUCGCUGGGAGACGGACGCGGCCUGUGCAUGGAAUGCCUGGGAUCUGCAGUGAUGGACACGAGCGAGUGCCAGCCUCUGUACCAUUCUAUCAGAGACUACUACGAGGGGAUGGACAUGAGACUGGACCAGCAGAUACCCGUGCUCUUGGUUGAGCGGCAAGCGCUCAACGAAGCCAUGGAAGGGGAGAGUAAAGGCCCACACCACAUGCCUGAGACUAGGGGCCUAUGUCUGUCCGAGGAGCGGACUGUGAGCAGUAUACUUAGGAGGCCCAGAAUUGGUGGAAACCGGUUACUAGGCAUGAGAACUCGGCCACAGAAGCUGACGAGGAGAUGUGAAGUUACUGCAAUACUUGUCCUGUAUGGCCUCCCCAGGCUACUGACAGGUUCCAUCCUCGCCCAUGAGCUGAUGCACGGGUGGCUGCGCCUCAAAGGUUACCGAAACCUAAACGCGGAGGUGGAAGAAGGCAUAUGCCAGGUCAUGUCUUACUUGUGGCUGGAAUCAGAGAUUCUUCCGUCAUCCUCGAGGCACGCGCAGCCUUCAUCAUCGUCCUCCUCCUCAUCCUAUCCAGCAACAUCAUCCGAGAAAGGUGGAAUAUCUCAUACCGGGAAGAAGCUGGGCGAGUUCUUCAUGCACCAGAUUGCCAAUGACACGUCGACGGCCUAUGGUGACGGGUUCAGAACUGCGUACGCUGCCGUCAACAAGUAUGGCCUUCGCCAAACACUGAGCCAUAUACGCCUAACAGGAGGCUUCCCUGUAUAAUAAGAGUGACAAAAAAGACACAAAAUGUCCAUGCAUGAUCAUAUCGAUAUCAAAAGGUUAUAUACAUAUUGGGAUGAAGUUCGCUAUGGAAGCAUAGUGAUUCAGUUUCGGUGACCUUGAGUUUUCAAAGAGGUCAUGUGUAAGAACACUGAUUUAGGGGUGGAGGUAUGCCGCUUCCGGCAUAUGAUUUCCUCUCA